CUCUUCACAUUCUGAUGUGAAAUUGUGACUUUUCUUAGGCCAGUGGUUCACAAACAUUGAUGUGUAUCAGAAUCACCUGGAAGACUCGCUAGAUCACAGACGGCUGGGUGUGGGUCUUGCCUCAGACUUUCUGGUUCAGUAGGUGUGGGGUGAGAAUUAACAGCGCUCAGAAGUUCUCAGGUGAUGCUGAUGCUUCUCUUGGGGCCGCACUGUGAGAACUGCUCUCCUGGAGCAUGUUUUUGUUUUUGUUUUUGUUUUCACUUGGUUUAUUUCUUUAUGUAUAACACCUUUAUUGUAUGAUUCCUGUACACAGAGCAUGUUUUACAGAAUGGUCUGAGGCUUUCCUGCUGCUGCCUGAAACUCAGCACUUGGGAUGCUUGUUAAAAAUGCAGAUUCCUGGACUUCGGGCCUGUUGAUUCCAUUUGGUGGGAUGGAUGGGAGAGAUGCAAGCAUGGUCAGGAGUCUGAAUUUCCACACUGAAGUUUGUGAAUCUGCUCCUAGUGGGAUACAGGAAGUUGUGUUACUUCACCUGUCCACGGCCUUAAUUUUCAUUAGCGCCAUCUGUUUCACUUCUGAGCCGGGGUUCUGUACAGCCCGUCUGAACUGCAAUAGCACUUUCAGCCUUUGUGCCACCAGGGUUCCAGCUUUACUGAUACGGCUUCCUCGCUGUGCCUCUGGAAGCUCAGGACCAUCCCAUGGGGAAACAUACACAGCCAUGAUUUUUCAGGCUCAUUAUAGUACAUCUACAACUGUAAAACAACAGAAGUCCCAGAUGGUGUCUAAACCCUCAAGGAGCUCGUGAUCUAAAGGGAAAGCCAGUAAGACAGAAAGGGCAUAAAUCAGAUGCUAAAUUGUGACUUAGAUAGUAGGGUACACAAAGGACUUAAAAGGGGAGGGGAGUUUCUCAUGAGUGCUGCCCAGAAAGGUGGGAUUGGUACUCUUAACUUGAAAGGAUCUUCUUAGGAGGCCAUGGAGUCUGAGGGCUGCCCUGGGCAGAGGAAACAGUAUCAGAUGACAAGCUGCAGCUGAGCCCGAGAUUCCACGCUGGAAAGAGGGACUAGGACUCCUCUGCCCUCUGACCCUGAUAGGCCUGGCUUUACUGUUUCCUACCUUAAGUGGAGCCUAGAGAAAAAUGACUUCAGAAAGUCCUAGUAUCCAGACUUGGUCAGGAAGGUAAUGGGAACACAGAGCUACUGCUUCAGCCAAGGGAGGCCUAGGCAUGCUGAGGACUAAUCUCGGGUGUCGUGUGCGUGAUGGAUGGGGAGGCUUCAGAACAGGAGUGGACGUAGUGGGCUGGUCGGCUUGUCCAGAAAAAAAGCCAGUCUCAACACUUUUAAGAAUGCUUUAAAAACCCACAAAAUACAUACUUCUACAAAAGCCUAAGAUUAGCAGUGCCUUAUUUUGCACUAAGGAUUGCCCACCCUGAUGAUCUUGAACUUGAGCACGUAGGACAAGCCUGGAUAUCGGAAACCGGGGAAAAGCAGAGCCCAGCAAGGCGGGGGUUACUCAGGCCUGCCCUUACCUGCUGACAGGUGAUGCUUGUCUUCCCCACCUUCCCGCCAGCCUGUACCUUGCGUGCGCUCCGGUUUCUAUAAUCAGAGCGUUCAAGAACCUGAAAUACUCGCUCACACAUAGGUGCGCCGAGAGACGGCUAACUUUCCCCAUGUAACAGCCUUUUUCUUUCCUUCCCUUCGCAGCAAACUUCCACAGGGACCCCACUCAUCUGCAGCAUUUCUUGCUCCGGCUUCGCGACCCGCCUCCCCGUCAGGCCACCCCACUGCACUUCCUGCCGCCGCCAGCUAGGCUCAGGCUCACGGCUGCUCCGUCUCUGCCUUCGGUCCAAGCCUUGCUAUACCUGCAGUUCACGCCAUUUCUCUUUCUCCCGUUCCUCCCAACUAAAACCUCCUCCCUUCUCCCCAGUUAAACUGUGCCCAUCCCACAAGAGCAGAUUCAAAUCCCCAUUUAUUCUCUAAAGCCUCCUCUGGCCCCUGUAGCCCUAAGUUCCGUGUGAACUGUCCCCUUUUACUCUUCCCUAAUUGUUUCAUGUGAACCAGUCUUGUCUCGUCAGCUAAUUUGCAGGGCCCUCUGGGGGAGUGUGCUUUGUGUUCCUCCCGACGGCCAGCACCCAGCCGUGCCAAGCACAUGCGUGCUGAGUGGGCGCGUGGACUUCAGCAGGUGUUGGGAGGUGAUAGGGUGGGGAAGGGUGCUGCUGGGGGGUUUCUUGUUCAGAGACAGGAAAUCACUGGGGGAGAGGAGGGAGCAAUUAGCCUCUUAUAAGAUUAAUCCAGAGUGCGUUCUGGAUACUGUCAGGCCAAGCUCCUUCCCUGCCCCCAGGUGCCGGCCCCCCGCCCUCCCAGGUGGGCAGCUGACUUCAUAAAAGUUGGCCCGAGGGAGCGGGAGGAGGCCGUGAGGAAGAGCAGGAGGAUGAGCGCUGAGCAUGCGCAGCAGCAGCAGCAGCAGCCUGGGAGCCGGAGAGGCCGCAGUUCCGGGGACAAGAAGCCCAGAAAGCGCAGCCGGCGCAAAGAAACCUACUCAAUGUACAUCUACAAGGUGCUGAAGCAGGUGCAUCCCGACCUCGGCAUCUCCUCCAAGGCCAUGAGCAUCAUGAACUCGUUUGUGAAUGAUGUGUUUGAGCAGCUGGCUGGCGAGGCCGCCCGACUGGCCCAGUACUCGAGCCGAACCACACUCACAUCCCGGGAAGUGCAGACAGCUGUGCGUCUGCUGCUGCCUGGGGAGCUGGCCAAGCACGCUGUGUCUGAGGGCACCAAGGCUGUCACCAAGUACACCAGCUCCAAGUGACCCAGGGCCUAAUAUUAAUAAAGGGCAAACUGC